AUGUCCAGCGCGGGCGAAGCGGCUGCUCCCGGGCCGGCGGCCGGCGGCCGGCUGGGGGCUCCGGCCCUGGAAAAAUGUAAUGAAGAAAAUUCCAAGACGGAUAUAACUCAAGCUACCAAUAGCUGCUUCACACAUGGAGAGAUUCAAGACCAGUCUAUUUGGGGAAAUUGUUCAGAUGAUGAACUCAUCCAAACUCAACCUCAGCGUUUGCCUCAGCUUCAGACUUCAGCACUGGAACACAGUGAGGAGGAAACAAGCAAGAUAAAGAAUGGCCGAACAAGUCUGAGCAAUGGAAAUGGAAUUCACCAUGGGGCCAAGCCGGUAACUUCAGAUAACCGAAGACUUUCUGCACCUGUUUCUCAAAAAAUGCAUAGAAAAAUUCAGUCCAGCUUGUCUGUAAACAACAAUAUCACUAAGAAGAGUAAAGUAAAUGCUGUCUUUUCCCAGAAGACAGGCUCUUCACCUGAAGACUGUUGUGUCCACUGUAUCCUGGCCUGCUUGUUCUGUGAAUUUCUGACCCUCUGCAAUUAUCGUUUGGGACAAGCUUCGUGUGGCAUCUGCACCUCAGAAGCCUGCUGCUGUUGCUGUGGAGAUGAGAUGGGAGAGGACUGUAAUUGUCCGUGUGACAUGGACUGUGGCAUCAUGGAUGCCUGUUGUGAAUCAUCAGACUGCUUGGAAAUCUGUAUGGAAUGCUGCGGAAUUUGUUUUCCUUCGUAAAUAUUUAUCUUUGUGUUAAAACUGGAGAGUGUAUUCUAUUUUUUUUCUU